GUGAGAGCCCGGCCAUCGCGUUGCCGUCGGAUUAUUGUAGUACUUGUGGUGCUACUUGUAACAGGCAGUCUCAACUAUGCUGUUUUUCCGACUUUUCGCGGCGUUUUUCGGAACGGUUGCCGUGACUUCGGCCGGACUAGUGCCUACGUACACUGAUCUGCCAGUUCAAACCGCUGUCGUUGGCCAAACGUACACGGCAGCUGUGCCUGCGGUGACCGGCUUCUCGAAGACAAUCUCGUAUGGAGCGCCCACCAGUACCGUAGUCUCUGCCCCAACUGUCCAGAAGACCCUCUCGACUAUCUAUGCCGCGCCUGCCUCGAUCUCAAAGACCAUCUCAUACGCAUCGUCAGCACCGGUAUCUACAACUGUUGUAUCCGCGGUACCUACAGCAGCCGCUAGCGUUGCUGCACCAGCCGCUGCCGUUCACAAGACCUUCUCAUAUGGCCUGACCCCUGUACAGAGGGUUGUGCCGCAGACACCUGCGAAGCUUUCCUUCCACCAAGUUGUCCUUGGUAAUCGCCAACGUGAUGUUCGUGUUGAGGAAUAUCAGCGCCCCGAGCAGCUCAUCCGAAUUCAGGAGGGCGCUCAACUUCAACCUGAGGUUGUGAAAUUCAAUGUUCCUUCUGAGGAACAGGCCACGGUUCGUGUCAUCAACCGGCCUGCGCCCCCACCUAGGGUAGAGCAUGUUGUAGCUAAGAAGGGCGGUCUUCAGAUAUAUAACAUCGAGAAGCCAGCCAACCCUGCUGAUCGCGUGAUUCACAUUACCCGAGGAGCUGCUUCACCCGCUCGCGUCGAGUUCUACAGUGAAGGCCAGGACACUGCCGCCGAAAUUACUCUCUCCGACACACCAAAUCGUCCUCAUGUAAAGUACACUGGGGCCGCUUACAGUGCUCCCAUUGGCCCCGGGUCUAUUUCGUACGCUGCCCCAACUGCUGUUCCGACCACCGUCGUGGCGCCCGCUGCCCCUGCCGUCCAGAAGACCAUGUCUUAUGCUACUCCAGGAAGCAUGGUAGUUGCAACGCCAGCCGUCCACAAAACGACUUUGCAUGCUGCUCCAUGGCUUUCUUACACUGCGCCCGUUUCCGCCGUUCAGAACACUAUCCCUUAUAGUACUUCCGCCGUCCAAAACGCUUUCUUCUACGCUUCCCCCGAAGCUUCAACAGCAGUCGCUACAGCACCUGCUGUUCAGAAGACCGUCUCGUAUAAUGCUCCUGCCGUAGAGAAGACCAUUUCAUACCGGGCUCCAACGGUUCAGAACAUCCUCUCAUAUAGCGUUCCGGCUUUAGAACAGACGACUUCGUACGGAGCUGCGGGCGGAGAGCAGACGACUUCUUACGGCGCUUCAACCGCAGAAAAAGGGACUUCGUAUCCCACCAUGCAGAAGACGGCUCCCUAUAAUGCUUCCGUCGCAUCAUCUCCCUCGAAGAUAGUUUCGUAUGAAUCGGGAAACAACUACGCAAAUACGUACAAGACCACCUCGGACGAUUUCCGUCGCGCUGGUAGAAACCUGUAAAUCCCAAGCUGACAUUAACCAGGGGUCCAAUGAAAAUAAACGGUGAACACAUGGAUACAACCGUUCACCGAUUUAUUACGCGGAUUGAUUCCGUUUAGCAGAAAUAUAAUUAAACUUGAGAAAGGCAACGGUAACUCUCGGUGUUAUCACUGGUCUAAUUCUAUGUGUGAUGAUGGCCUCCUAAUGGUAUAUUCUAUCGUUUGGAAAAUGGAAACGAGAAACGAAAGCGAAAAAAAAUGGCAACUUUCUUCAUAAUCUAAUAUAAUGGACACUCAUGGCUUGCCCUC